CUAUCUCCUUACAUAUCAAUUGAUGCAAGUCUUUCAAAUUCAUGGAACCUUAAACUACUUACUCCCGCCUUCGUUUUAUGAAUUCAUUCUUCAUUCUCCAAAUCAGAGAUUGGUAUCCAAGCAAGAUUAUAAGACCUAAAUCAACUUUUACAGGCAAGCUUCCACAAAAACGCCAGACUACCACCAUCAUGUCGUUCCUCACAGAAGCCGCCACACGUCGCCUAGUUCUCUCUUCCAGAAUUGCUGUAGUCCCAGUCCCGCGACAUUUCACCACGAGUAUCGCAGCACAGAAGACCGUCACAGAGUCCGCCAAAGACACAUUAAAAAGCGUCGAUCGCAAGGUAUCAGACAAGAUUGUUGACGGUAUCAAUGCCGGUGCAAACAUCGCAUCGAAAGUGAAGGGCGAAGCGGAUGUGGGCAAGGUGAAAGGCACAGCCGAGGAUAUUCGUGGUCAAGCAAAGGGCCAGGCCGAAGAACUUAAGGGCAAGGCGAAAGGCGCCGCUAAAGAAGCCGAGGGAAAAGUAAAGGAGAAUCUAUGAACAUUGAAAUGUUAUCAAAGGCGACUUCCAAGAUGCAAAUAUGGUUCAUCUUGACACUACCUACCUACCGGUAGAUACCUACAUAAUCGCAACUUGUAAAAUAAUGGAGCUAACCAUAGCUCCAACGGAUUGAAUUGUAUGAAUUAUUAUCAAGCA